AUGGCUGACGAGCUUGAAGCUGCGGUUUUCAAUGAGGAGAAAAAGAAGAGAAAGCGGCGUGGUCCGCGUUUAACUGGGAUCAGUAAACAGCGCAGAAUAGCCAACGCCCGAGAAAGAAAGAGGGUGCAGAAUUUAAAUGAGGAAAUUGAAGUUUUAAAAAGUUUGUUACCACUCUCCUCACAAGAUAAAAAGCCAACGAAGACAGAAGUUAUAUGGCUUGCAGCUCAAUAUAUUGAUGUCCUUACACAAAUGUUGCAGGAUGCAAAAAGCUCAGAUAAUUUCGACGAGGAUUCCUUCCUGGAUUUUGAUACACUACUGGGUAUAGAUAUUGACAGUCUCUUUGAACUGGACGAUUUUGCUCCGCUCGUGCUUUAAGAAAUCCUGGUUCUCUUCCAGACAGAGCUGGUGAAAACCUUGUCAAGACAAUCAUUAAACGAUGCCGUGACGUCCAAUUGAAACAUAGACCUCCGAGCCAUUGUAAUUAUCACCUUAUCUACACCUCUCGAAUUUGUUGCUUUAGGAUCAGCUUUCACAAC